AUGAAUGUGUGUCGUUCGGUGCGUCGCGGUUGCACAGCGCUGGCGUUUCGUCCGCCUUUUUAUCGAAAAAAAAACACUGCGGCCUGCUCGUUUUAUGACGUAAUCAAUUUUUUCUAAUUUUUUUUUACAGCUUUCUUCAUUUUUCGUUUCUGAUUCUUUUUCUUCUUGAUAUCGAAACUUAUUACGAAUUUUAAAGUAGUUUGAAUGAUCAUCAAAGAUCACUAUUGAUUAUUGAUUUUUUUAUUUGUUAGGUGAUAUCGAUACGUAAAUGGAAAUAGUUUGAAAAUCACUUUUAUAUUUUUUCAUUCUAACAUUUGAAUCCUGUUUUUUUCAGCUCGUCACUUGGAUCAAUUGGAAAAUGAGUGAUGAAGUCAAACAGAAUGAAACAGAUCAACAGGAAGAUGUGAAAAAAGAAGAGGAUACCGAUGCUGAAAAGAAAGUGGAGGAACCAAAGGAAGAAGAAGAAGAAUCCAGUAGCAGCGAAAAAGUAGUUAAAACUACCGAAAAACAAGAAGAGGAAGAAACUGUUGAUAAAAAAGAAGAAAAGAAAAAAGUUGAAAAUAGUCCGAAAAAGAAAGAAAAAGCGGAUGGAAAAGAAAAUGUUCAGCAUGAAACUAUCACUGAAAAAGACAACACCUUAGAUCAUAUUGAGAUCAGACGAGUGAGUUCAUUGUGAGCUAGUCAAAAAAGUAUUCAAGUUAUUUUUAGGAUGCUGCUAAUCGCGUGAAACUUUAUGUGUUAUGUGAUCAAAGAGUUUGGGAAGAUCGGGGUACUGGACAUGUUAUGUGUGUCAAUUCACCGGAUGACGAUUCACCUACGAAUACUUCACCGUAUGUUAUUAUUGCGAGAUUAGAAGGACAACGUGAGUAAUUUUAGGUUUAAAAUCAAAUUUGGGAAAGAACUUAUAAAAUAUUGAAUAUUUAAAAAAACGGUCAAAGAGAAAAAUGUUGAAUUUUAAGAACAAAUUGUAUAAUAUUCAAAAUCAUCUUCAUUUUUAUAUUAAUUGGAGGAAGAAUUAAUACAGUUUUCAAUACUAAAAUUUUUGAAGAUUUGGGCCAUUUAAUAAUUCUGACGUUGAUUUUUUCCUGGUGAAUCCUUCUUAGUUUUUAAGCUAAUUGUAAAAUAUUGACAAUUUUUAAUCAAAUGAAAUGGAUCUUCCCUCGCUUUUUUUUUGAAUAUUAAAUCACAAUAUCUAAAUUUAGCUGCGAAAAAAAUCAAAACUUGUUUAUUUAUUUAUUUACGAUGAGCGGAAAAUACACCGUUAGAGAAAAUUAGACACCGAACUAGGUAAUAUUCAGAAAAAAAUUAAAUUAUUUACUCACAAAAAAUGCGCAGAAUUUUGACGAAUAACAUAAAGUUUAUAAAAGUAUAAUUAUAUUUUCGUAUAAAAAUUGAUUGUUCCAAUAUUAUGUGCCAUUUUUUCAAUUUUCAAUAAAUAAUCAAACAGCGGUCUUGUAUGUUCCUUUGAGACUUAUAAUUAAUUGAAAAACUACCGUAUUUUCAUCUCGAAAAAUUCAUCUCGUUUUAUAGUUGAAAUUAAAUAAAUUUUGUUCGACCUAUAACAAUGGCCAUUUCUCAAAAUAAAAGCCUUUGUUCUAUUUUCAAUUUUUCAGCCAAAAACAUCUUGGAAUCUCGGAUAUUGAUGGAUACGGUAUAUCAAAAACAACAGGUUAGUUUUUAAUUUUUUAAUUCUUAAAAAAUAGGGUUAGAACAAUUUUUAUAGGCAGAUAAGUACUCUAGAAAUCUGUCUGACUUUUUUGGAAAUGUUUAUUUUCAAGUCGUCAAAAAAGGAAGAAAAAAAACUACUUUACAAUGUUAAAGCUUUUUUGAAAAAUGGGUAUCAAAUCUUAGUUCGUUGUAGGAUGGGUUUUCACUGUUUUCAUUUGUUUUCUGGUUCAGGCUUUCAUUAUUUUGAGCUUCAGUUUUUAUAUUUGAACAUUUGAAGUCGCACUUGAACCACACCAUCCGUUGUAGGCCAGAGUACAAUUUGAAAAAAAAGUCAAACCCAUAAAAAUGCCCGAUCACACCUUCAAAAUUUUAUUUUAUUGCACACUAAUCUUUUUCUUAGUAUCAAAAUUUCAAUUUUCGAGAUUGAGCUCUGAAAAUAUGAAAUUUGGUUUUUUUUAAAUAGUACUCUGAAUCACAGGAUUGUGGUAGAUGAUUGUGCACAAUUCUCAAUCAAUUAGCGUACUAUUGCGAAAAACUGUAGAUUUCCGAAAAAAAACAGUUUCUACGUCGUGAAUUUUUCAUUCAAAUAAUUUUUAAAAUUUUUCAUUUUCGGCGUUUUUUUUCCGAAGAAUUUAGGAAGUUAAUAAACUCUCCCGUGAUUGUGAAUGUUCUACUGGCUACUGAAAUUCUGUAGAUUCGGAUUUAAUUUGCAUGAGAGAAUUGAGUUUUUUUUUUAUUUUCUAGGAAUUAUUCGGCUGUAUUCCAACACUAUUUUCUGCAGUUCGAAACUAGAGGGUUUCAAGUUUUCUCUUUAAAGAAUUAAAGGUUAUUUCAUGACAAUCACUCAUUCUUUCUGAAAUUCUACAGUAUACCGAAAAAAGUAAUGAUUUCAACAAAAUAUAAUAAAUGUUAUGGAAUAAUCCUUGCAACCAGCUGACUUGAAAAAAAAACAUCUCGGUCGUUCUUUCCUCUUAUAAUUCUUGCUUUUUGUUGUUCUUUUUGAACUGUCUGCGUCUCUAUUCUUCUAGUCCAAUGACACAUUGAAAACUAACAAUUUCAUUUUAUAUAUCUAUCUAUCUUUCUAUCGCCCUUUUUUCUUUCUGUUCCAACAACCGAAUAUUAUAUUAUUCAUUUCAUUUUCUUCUUUGCCUUUUCUUGUGCCAGCUUGUUCUAUUUCUCUCUUCCUCUUUUUCUGUUUAACACAUUGUUCCAGUUCGUGUUUGCACUUUAUUUUUCUCGUUUCGAAGAAGUUUUCAACUUAUUUAUAACAUUUAAGUUUUCAAAACGAAACGGUUUCCAUAGAAAUAAGUAACAUCAUGUGAUUAAUAUAAUUAGGGGUUAGCUGUACUUCUUUCAACAAACUUGGUUAUUUUACCUCAAAAACAUUUUAUAUAAAUUAUAUUUAUGAAGAGUAUUUCGAAAUCAUUCUUUUUUAUCAAUAAAAAAGUUUCAUCGCAUUGUGUACAUUUCUACCAAAAAGAAAAAAGUUCAAGAAUAAUUGAGCAUACUUUUUUCUUGUCUUUCUUUCUUUUCCUCCUCUUUUUUUUUGAAAGUUUCAACGAAGAAGAGGAUUUGCACAUUUUCCCUCGAAUAUUAUUAGCUUUUCCUUGAAGCUUGGUUAAUUUUGUUUUGUUUCUCCGUUUCUUUUUCCAUUUCUUCCAAAAGCAGAAAAAUUGUAUAUAUUGAUUUGUUUCGUGUUUUUUGUGCCUCUUCCUUUUUUCUCGUUCACAAGAGUGUGUUUUAUUUUUGUUUGUCUGACAUUGAGGAGUUGUUGUUUACUCGAAAAGAUGGAGCUGCCUCCUUUUUUUCAGCAGAAAAGCAGAUUUUUUUUCGUUUCUAUUUUUCAUUUCAAUUUUGUGGUUUGAAAACAUUUUUUUGUGGCGGCCAGAGAAUUUUUCCUCCCUUUUUUCUCGAGGAAAGUAGUAUGAUAAGAAAAAUGUAGAAAUUGUUAUUUGAUAAUUCCUAAUCCCUCUAUUGAAACCUCAUAGAAGAUUAGGACUCUCUGAAAUUCUAGUUACUCUUUCUAUCGUCUUAUAUUAUUGAUCUUUUCUCACUAUUUUUUCUAUAGAAUGGAUGAACCUUCAACUUCGGAAUCGUCGUCUUCUUCUUCUUCUCAGAGCGAAAGCGCUUUUUAUUUUUAUGGGAAUUUUAGUCGAUUUGAUAAGGUGAAAAAAAGAAAAAUGUUUAACAAGAAACGAGGAAUUUUUGUCACCUGGUUGAAAAAAAAAUGUUCAAGGUUUUUUUUUGAAAUCUAUAUAUAUUUUUUUUUAGGAGACAUUGAUUGUUUGGUCUGAAACUGAUGUGAUGGAUUUGGCAUUAUCAUUUCAAGAAAAGAAUGGAUGUGAAGAAUUAUGGACGAAAAUCUGUGAAGUUCAAGGACGUGAUCCAGGAGAUUCAGAUGCGAAUUAUGAUGAUGGAGAAGAUUCAGAUGUUGGAGAAUUGACAAGUUCGACAAGUCGAAUGCAAAUACCACCAAUUGAAGUUGGAAGAUUGAGCGAAAUUGAUGCUGUAAUUCAUAUGCAUUUAUCAACAAGUGCUGGAAGAGAAAGAAUGGCUAGCACUAUUGAAAAUGAUAAGUAAGUUUUUGAAAAACUUUGAUGAUAUCUAAAAUUCUGUGAUUUUCAGCAUUCUACCAAGUUUGUGUGAAGUAUUUCAAAUGUGCGAAGAUAUUGAAUAUACUGAAGGACUUCGAACAUUUUAUUCGAUUGCCAAAAAUUUGUUCAUGUUGAACAGAACUAGUAUGAUUGAAUUAUUGUUGGAUGACAAACAUAUUCGAGAUGUUAUUGGAAUGUUUGAAUUCGAUCCUGCUUAUAAAAAUCCAAGAAAACAUCGAGAUUUUGUAUAUGACAAAGCACGGUUUAGAGAAGUUUUGCAUAUUUCGAGUGAUGAACUAAAGUAUGUAUUUUAUUUUCUCCAUUUUCACAAAUUUCACAAAUCAAUUUUGGUUUUUUUCAGAGAAAAGAUUCACAAACUCUACCGUGCUCAAUAUAUUCAAGAUGCAUGUUUGCCAAGUCUUGGGCUUUUCGAGGAAAAUCUCCUAUCAACUCUCAAUAGUCAUAUUUUCUUCUCACGAGUUGAUAUUGUGACUGGAAUUCAGAGGGAUAAAAGAGCGAUGCGUGAAUUGUUUGGAAAUUUGAAAUCAAAUGAUUGUGAACCGAAAAAACGACGAGAUUUAGCAUUAUUCCUCAAAGAAAUGAUAAAUUUGAGUCAGAAUUUGCCGGCGACUGGAGGACAAAGCAAAGAUAAUUUCUUCAAAAAUUUGUUGGCAAGUGAUAUUUUGGAUGGAGUUGAGCCUUGUAUGAGAUCAAAAGAUGUUGAAACACGAUCUACUAUGGUUGAAAUUUUGAAAUCAUUAGUUGAACACAAUGCACAAACAAUUCGAGAUUUUCUGUUGAAACAAGCAAGAGAUCAAGAAGAUGAAGAUGUUCUAUUAAAUCGAUUGAUUACACAUAUGUUAACGGAUGAAGAUCCUCAUUUGACAAGUGGAACUGAAGUUAUAAUGGUAUGUUGAAUUCUUUUGAAAAUUCGAAAUAAUAACUUAUUUUCAGAUAAUGAAAACUUUGUUGGAUCCUGAUAAUAUGACAAGUAUUAAAACAGAAAGAAGUGAAUUUCUUCAAUUGUUUUAUCAUCGAUGUAUUCAUACUUUACUCAAACCACUUUUGGAAAAUGUUAGCGGUGGAAUUAUCAAAAAAGAUGAUUAUACAACUGCAAAUCGUGAAUCAAUAAUGGUUCGAUUAUUGUCAUUUUGCAUCGAACAUCAUUCAUUUUCAAUGAGACAACAUUGUAUUUCAACUGAUUUAUUGAACAAAAUACUUGUUUUACUCAAAUCAAAACAUAGAUUCUUGGCAUUAUGUAAGUUGAAAUUAUAUUUCAUUUCAAAUGUCAUUAAAUAAUUAUAGAUUCGCUCAAAUUAUUGCAACGCGUGGUUUCUGUAAAAGAUGAUUAUUAUGUUCGAUAUAUUGUACGAGAAAAAGUAUUGGAUGCUGUUAUUGAAUGUUUCAAAUCAAAUGGCUCAAGAUAUAAUGUUAUCAAUUCUGCAAUUCUUCAUUUAUUCGAUUUCAUUCGAUCUGUAAGUUUCAUCAUAAAAUAAAAAGAAGUUUUUUAUCUUCAUAAUAUUUUUCAGGAAGAUGUUCGUCCGCUGAUCAAAUAUAUUGUUGAAAAUCAUGGAGAUGUGGUGGAAAGUGUUCAAUAUGUGAAAACAUUUAUGGAAAUAAAAAUAAGAUAUGAUCAACAUCGAGAUCGAGAAGAAACAAUGAGUAUUAGAUCAGAAGAUAAUUCGAUGGCAAGUCCAAGAAGUUUGAAAAAAGAAAGACAAGAAGAACAAUGGUUUGAUGAAGAUGAUGAACUUGAAGUUGGAACAAUGCUUGAAUCAAUUGAAAAAGAUGUUACAACAAAUGUUGCUGGCGGAGAUUCAUCAAAUAAUAAGAAAAAAGACGAGCAAAAUAGUCCACGAAAAACUGGAAUUGAGCCAAUGUUUCCGUCAAUUAUGAUGAAACGAAAAAAUGCAAUCGAUAAUGAUGAUGAAGCACCUGUAUUUGGAGGCGGAUCAGCGGCUGUUUUAACAACUUCGGAUAAUCAGAAAAAGAUUGUUAUAAAAGUUGCGUCAGAUCGAUCACCUUCAAGAACUCCAAGUCCAGCAUCAUCUCCACGUGCUUCACCUGGACCAUCGAGAGAAGAUGAAGUUACCUCAUCUCAAAAUAAUAGCAAAGAAAAUAGUCCAAGUCCUGCUCCAACUGUUAAGGUAAGAUUUUUUGAAACUUGGGGAAAGGGUUGAAAAAAAGUAGAAUCUUUUUUAAUUAAGAAAAUCACGAUUUCUCAAAAAAAAAAUCGGUUUCUAAAAUGUGUUUAUUUUUCAGUCGCUGGUCGAUUACGAUGAGUCGGAUUCGGAUGAAGAAGCAUCACCAGAUGCAGUUCCAUCUUCUUCAACCGGUUCACCAGAUUCGGAAAAAGAUGGAAGUAUUUCAAAUAUGGACAAUAAUGAAGAGAUUAUUGAAAAUGGAACAACAUCACCGGCGCUUCAACCAAAUUCGCCACAAAAAACACCAAAGAAACACUCGCCGGAUUAUGUUUCUUCAACAUCUUGCGAAAUGGUUUCACAAAGUCCAAAUCGAAAACGUGUGUCAAAUGGAGAAAAUACGAUCGAAGUGAAAAGGAGUCGAGUUGUAGAAGUAGAAGAGCAAAAAGAAGACCAACAACAAACAUCUGAAAAUUCAUCAACUUCUGUUUGA